AUGGACAUUGAUGUGCGCCCGCGAAAGAAGAGACGCUUCUUCGUCGAUGAUCCUGAGGCUCUCCGCGAACAUGCUUCUUCAUCCGUAAAUGCGUCUAGCAGACCAACAUCCGCCACCUCAUCCGCCGGCCACGACUUCGAGUCCUGUCAAACGAACCCUACGGAUGUCCAAACCCCCCCCGACAAUGAGAAGCCUCAGGCCUUUGACAUCGACGUAUUCCGCGCGUUUGUCGGAGAAGAUGUUUCUCAGGAUAUCGUGGACAAAGUUGAGGCUGCGUCUAAUGGCAACCUCGAGCGAGCAAUCAAUAUGUACUUGGACGGUUCGUGGAAAAGUGCGGUCGCGGUUCCGACAAGGACAUCACUUCCUUCGAGAAGUGUAGAUUCUUGGCUGAGUGCACCUACUUCCUCCAGCAGCCUUCCCACCGCAAUACCACAGGCCACUUCGAAAGACGUCACCUCCAAGACAGUAUCCAUAGCCACGAUGCCAACUGAACGGUAUGUUGGGUCAUUUGGUGUGGGAGCAUGGAUGACAAAAAGCGGCACACACCUGUUGGCACACGGUGAAUCGGUAAGAAUAGAGAGGUCAAAGAUCGCUCCUAAGACAAAAAUUGGAAGAGGAGGGAAAUUGGUGGCGGUGAUAGGCCGGAAUCAAAAGGCAGACGUGAUCACCCGAUUUACAAACGCAAAAGGUGAAGAGCUAGGUCGUCUGCCCGAGGAGACGGCUUCUUGGGUAUCGACUUUGCUGGACCAGAAGAUUUGCCGCUUCGAGGGAACCUGCGUUUUCGCGCCAGAUCGUGUUCGAGUCAACGAUACAAUCUACCUGCAACUUCGUGCAUACCUCCUGAAAACAGCUUUUGAGGCAAACACCUUUGUCAAGCCAAAGGAUGACAACCGCGCCACCGGGUUUUUCGAAGAGAAGGAGAGCAGCGACGAAAAAGAUCUUCGAUUACGGCAAGUGGCUCUCGUCAAACUAUUUGAAGAAGUCAACCUCAAUCCCACUACAAGCAGCGAGACAACUUCCAAGCACAAGAAGCAAGGUCUACUCAGAGCUGCUGAAAUGGCAGAGCAGUACGACAGAGACAAGGAAGCGAAGAUCAAGUCAGGCAUAUCCACUCCCAUCUCUGAGGACGAGGAGGGUGAAGAGUUGGAGGAAGAUCAACUCGAUACACUCUACCGGAAAGCACAGUCGUUCGAUUUCAACACCCCAGAAGCUGAGCCGGCACCAAGUUUCCAAUUGGACCUACGUAAAUAUCAGAAACAGGCCUUGCAUUGGAUGCUUAGCAAAGAACGAGACGAGAAAUCUGACAAGCAACAAUCAAUGCACCCUCUUUGGGAAGAGUAUACUUGGCCCACCAAGGACGCAAACGACGAACUACUUCCCAUUGUCGAAGGACAAGACAAGUUUUAUGUCAAUCUCUACUCCGGGGAAAUCAGUCUCGACUUCCCCGUCCAGGAACAAAACUGUUUGGGCGGCAUUUUAGCUGAUGAAAUGGGCCUAGGCAAGACAAUCGAGAUCUACAGCUUGAUCCAUUCCAAUCGUUCACAAAUCGACCUGGAAGCCGCUGGUCAAACCAUGACAUCCGUCAAUCAUCUUCCCAGACUGCCCCAGACAUCCACAUCAGUCGAAGCAGCACCCUUCACGACGUUGGUCGUGGCACCUAUGUCCUUACUGGCACAGUGGGAGAGUGAAGCUGUCAAAUGUUCGAGACCUGGCUCUCUAAGGACUAUGGUCUACUAUGGCAGCGAGAAGUCGGUCAAUUUACAGACCCUGUGCUCUGCCACAAAUGCUGCGUCUGCUCCAAAUGUCAUUAUAACGAGUUACGGCACCGUACUCUCAGAGUUUGGACAAGUUUCAACUGCUGGAGGAGAUCGCGCGUCUCAUGGUGGCCUCUUCUCCGUGGACUUUCAUCGGGUUAUUCUUGACGAGGCCCACACGAUCAAGAAUAGGCAAGCCAAAACGUCCAAGGCGUGUUAUGAGAUUAAGGCGAAGCAUCGAUGGGUCUUGACUGGGACACCCAUCGUCAAUCGCCUGGAAGACUUGUUCAGCUUGGUUAGAUUCCUCAAAGUUGAACCUUGGAGCAACUUCUCCUUCUGGAAGACAUUCAUCACAGUGCCCUUUGAGUCCAAGGAGAUUGCACGAGCUCUCAAUGUUGUUCAGACAGUCUUGGAGCCCCUGGUGUUGAGAAGAACAAAGGAUAUGAAGACACCCGAAGGCGAAGCGCUUGUGCCACUUCCUCCUAAGUCUGUCAUUGUCGAAGAAGUCGAACUCUCGAAGACAGAACGGGAAGUAUAUGAUCUGAUAUUUACGCGGGCAAAGCGCGCGUUCAAUGAGUCCGUAGCGGCCGGUACUCUCUUAAAAUCAUACACGACAAUUUUUGCACAGAUCCUACGCCUGAGGCAGUCUUGCUGUCAUCCUGUGCUGACUCGGAACAAGGAUAUUGUGGCAGAUGAAGAGGAUGCUGCAGUGGCGGCUGCGGCUGAUGAGAACGGGUUUGCGGACGACAUGGACUUACAAGAUCUCAUAGACCGUUUUACCAAAGACAGCGACCUUGCAGACAAGGAAAAUCCCACAUCGAAGGACCCGAUCACCACGUUCACCACCAAUGCUCUGCGCCAAAUUCAGGAGGAAUCAAGUGGAGAAUGUCCAUUGUGCUUUGAAGAGCCAAUGAUCAACCCCGCCGUCACUACUUGCUGGCACAGUGCCUGCAAAGAGUGUUUGGAGAAGUCAAUCACGGUCCAGACGGACAAAGGAGAAGUCCCUCGCUGCUUUUCAUGCAGAGAAGUUAUCAAUCCGAGAGACGUCUUUGAAGUUGUUAGGCACAACAGUCCGCCUGUGUCCUCCGAUCCUGAAGCAGACAUGUAUGCAGCUGACGAGAAUGUGACGAGACCUGGCAAGAUUUCACUCCGUCGAUUACAUCCAUAUUCACCCUCUGCUUCAACAUCAGCGAAGAUAGCGGCGCUGCUGCAUCACCUGUCCGCGCUACCCCGGGCUACCAAAGCGGUGGUGUUCUCGCAGUUCACGUCCUUUCUCGACCUUAUCGCUCCACAACUUACCAAACACGGUUUCUCGCACCUGCGAUUCGAUGGCACCAUGUCACAGAAGGUAAGAGCACAGGUCAUUCGAGCGUUCAACGCAGAAAAUGCAUCCGAUCCCAAAGCUCCUCGCAUCUUGCUGCUCUCUCUCAGGGCAGGUGGAGUGGGUUUAAAUCUUACGGCGGCGAGUCGGUGCUAUAUGAUGGACCCGUGGUGGAGUUUUGCAGUUGAAGCACAGGCGAUCGAUCGGGUGCACCGCAUGGGUCAGACACAAAAAGUGGAAGUGAUCAGGUUUGUGACCAAGGAAAGCAUUGAAGGAAGAAUGCUUCGUGUGCAAGAGAGGAAGAUGGCGGUCGCUGGAAGCCUGGGUGUCGGCCAAUCAGGGGGAGGAGAAAAUGAAGAGGAGAGGAAGAAGAGACGGAUCGAGGAGCUGGAGAUGUUGCUUGGCUGA